AUGGGAAAUGGUAUGGCUGACUAUGUAAAAGAUGGUGCACACACAAAUGGGGUUUCCAUUAAGACUCUUAAAGAUUUUGACAUGUAUUGUUAUUAUGUUGCCGGUUUGACUGCUCUUGGCGCUACCCGUUUAUUUGUUGCAAGUGGUCUGGAAAGUUCCGAUCUCGCAGACGACACUAAUUUGUCAAUUAAUUUGGGUUUAUAUUACCAAAAAACAACCAUAAUUCGUGAUUAUUUAGAAGAUCAUCUUUAUGGACGUAAAUAUUGGCCAGAAGAAAUUUGGUCAAUUUAUGUUAAAGAUUCCUCUGAUCUUAAAGAACCUGGUUACGAAACUGAGGCUCUUGACUGCCUUUCAUCUAUCAUUCUCAAUAUUCUUAAUCAU